AUGACUCUUACCAUUGGUGAAACGUGGAAAAACUGCCUGGAGGGCGCGACUGAUUUCAAAGAGCUGAUACCAGAGUUUUAUGGAAGUGACUCCAGCUUCCUGAAAAACAGACUAAAUCUGGACUUGGGCAAAAAGCAGAACGGAAAAUCGGUCUGUGAUGUUUCCCUUCCCCCCUGGGCCUCAGAUUUUAGUGAUUUUCUUCAGAAGCACAAGGCAGCGCUGGAGAGUCCGUUUGUGUCGGAGCACCUUCAUGAGUGGAUUGACUUGGUGUUUGGCUUCAAACAAAAAGGCAGCGAGGCUGUGGCAGCUCAUAACGUGUUUCACCCAUUGACGUAUGAAGGUGAAAUCGACUGUGACAGUAUCGAGGACACGGAUCAGAGGAUCGCCAUGCUGACUCAGAUCCUGGAGUUCGGUCAGACGCCCAGACAGCUCUUCACCGGGCCGCACCCUCAGAGGAUCACGCCGAGGCUUCAGAGCACCAGACGGAGUUCCAGCAUCAACUCGGCUGCCAGCGAGCUGUCGCCAGCCUCUCCAUGCGAGGACUCUUCCUUCGAGGACCUGACUGAAGAGAGCAGAAGGAUGGCCUGGGCGAACAUGGGAAGUCUGAAACUGAUCUCCAGCUGCAAAGUCCAUAAGGAAGCUGUGACGGGGAUCGCCGUGACUCGAGAUGGAGCUUCAAUUUUCUCUACAUCUCAAGACUCGACCCUUAAAAUGUUCUCCAAAGAGCUGAAGGAGUUCCAGAGGAGCAUGUCCUUCUCCAACAUGCCGCUGUCCUCGUGCUUGAUGCUGCCGGACGGCAAAACCGUGGCGUGUUCUUCGUGGGACAACAACGUAUAUUUCUACUCGGUCCCAUACGGGCGGCGGCAAGACACGCUGAUGGGUCACGACGACGCCGUCGCAAAGAUGUGCUGGUUCGAAGACCGGCUCUUCACCGCUUCCUGGGAUUCCACCGUUAAGGUCUGGCAGUGUGCUCCGAACAGCUCGUCCAGUCGCAAGAGGUCCCACUUUGAGCUGCUGGCUGAGUUGGAGCAUGACGCUGGGGUGAACGUGGCGGACAUGAACCCAGGGGGAACUCUCCUAGUGUGUGGCUCCAAAGACGGCACCGUCGCCAUCUGGGACACCGGCAGCUACCGGACCCUUCAGCAGGUCCACUGCCACACCGGGACCAUCCACUACGUUGCCUUCAGUCCAGACAGCCGACACGUUCUCAGCGUGGGCGAAGACUUCUUCAUGAAGGUGGUGGACGUGCAGACAGGAAUGGUGACGUCUUCUGUGAAGGCCGAGGAGCAGCAAAGGUGUUUCUGCUGGGACGGGAACACGGUGCUAAGUGGGGCGCAGAGUGGUGACCUCCUCCUCUGGGACCUGCUCAGUGGUACGAUCACCAAAAGGAUCCCUGCGCACUCAGGUGCCGUCACAGCCAUGUGGAUGAACGAGCUGUGCAACAGCGUCAUCACCGGCGGAGACGACAAACGGAUCCACUUCUGGGGGCUCCAGUGUUAAAGACUGAUCUCGACAGUAUGAGUGCAAUAUAACCGGCCGUGUGUCCUGCAGAGGAGAAACGUUUCCCUCGCCUUAUUUUACGUCUUGCUUUGACUCGAGGGAAGAGUUAAAAGAAGAAACUCUUGAUUGCAUUAUUUGUUUUUAUGCAUCUUUGUUGCUGCCCAGGUGUUAUUACAAAAACAGUUACCUUGAAAUUUUCAUCUUUUUUUAUUGUUCCGAGACGUCUCGCUCCUAUUUCGCCGCCUCGGCACUUUUCUGUGAACGGAUGAGAAGAUUAGAGCAACAUUUGAGUUGACUCAAACCUCGAUG